CCGGCCCGCUCGGGCCGGCUCGCUCAGUGCGGCCGCUCUCCCGCCGCGCGUGGCUGCCCGCCGGCUUGAUGGACUCCAGUGCCCGCACCCCCAGCCCCUCGGCCCUCCAGCCGCCCCUGCCCCCGCUGCCGCCCCAAGCCCGUGCCCGACUCAACGCCACGACCUCCAUGGAAGAUGAGAGGAUGGGGGCACCGCCCGCCCCCGCACCCCAGCCCGGACCUAGACCCGGCACGGGAGACCCACCUGCCGCAGCUGUGCCCAGGGGGCCCCGCUCCAGGAGCCAGUGCCGGGCGGGAGGAGCAGGGGAAGGGUCCCAGGGAGAUGCAGAGCCUCCGUUUGAGGAAGUCCUGGAGAAGGCCAAGGCCGGGGACCCCAAGGCCCAGACAGAGGUGGGGAAGCGCUACCUGCAGCUGGCGGCCGAGGAGGACGAGGAGCUCAACAGUUGCUCGGCGGUGGACUGGCUGCUGCGGGCCGCCAAGCAGGGCCGGCGCGAGGCCGUCAAGCUGCUGCGCCGCUGCCUGGCUGACAGGAGAGGCAUCACCUCCGAGAACGAGGCCGAGGUGAGGCAGCUGUCCUCGGAGACCGACCUGGAGCGUGCCGUGCGCAAGGCCGCCCUGGUCAUGUACUGGAAGCUGAACCCCAAGAAGAAGAAGGAGGUGGCCGUGUCGGAGCUGCUGGAGAACGUGGGCCAGGUCAAUGAGCAGGAUGGAGGGCAGCAGCCAGGCCCCGUCCCCAAGUCCCUGCAGAAGCAGAGGCGGGUGCUGGAGCGACUGGUGAGCAGUGAGUCCAAGAGCCACAUGGCGCUGGACGACUUCGUGGAGCUCACCAAGAAGUACGCCCGCGGCAUCCUCCCUGCCGAUCUCUGCCUGCAGGACGAGGACGAGGACGACGAGCUGGCAGGGAAGGGUCCCGAGGAGCUGCCGCUGCACCUCAAGGUGGUGAAGUACCCGCUGCACGCCAUCAUGGAGGUCAAGGAGUACCUGAUCGACGUGGCCUCGCGGGCUGGCAUGCACUGGCUGUCCACCAUCGUGCCCACGCACCACAUCAACGCCCUCGUCUUCUUCUUCAUCAUCAGCAACCUGACCAUCGACUUCUUCGCCUUCGCCGUGCCCCUGGUGGUCUUCUACCUGUCCUUCGUGUCCAUGGUCAUCUGCACGCUCAAGGUCUUCCAGGACAGCAAGGCCUGGGAGAGCUUUCGCACGCUCACGGGGCUGCUGUUGCGCUUCGAGCCGCGGCUGGACGUGGAGCAGGCCGAGGGCAACUUCAGCUGGAACCACCUGGAGCCCCACCUGCACUUCCUGCUCUCCGUCUUCUUCGUCAUCUUCUCCUUCCCCGUGGCCAGCAAGGACUGGAUCCCCUGCUCCGAGCUGGCCGCCCUCUCCGUCUUCUUCACCGUCGCCAGCUACGUGAGCCUCAGCGCCUCCGCCGAGCCCUACACGCGCCGGGCGCUGCUCUCCGAGGUGGCCGCCGGCCUGCUGUCGCUGCUUCCCAGCCUGCCCGGGGAGUGGCCGUGGCUCAAGCCGCUGGGCCAGAGUUUCUUCACGCUGCCGCUGGGCGAGGCGGUGGUGCUGCACGCCAGCCUGCCCUGCGCGCUCUACGCCUACCUGCUCUACCUCUUCUUCCGCAUGGCCCAACUGCGCGGCUUCAAGGGCACCUACUGCUACCUGGUGCCCUACCUGGUGUGCUUCAUGUGGUGCGAGCUGGCCGUGGUCCUGCUGCUGCAGGCCACCGCCCUCGGCCUGGUCCGCGCCUCCAUCGGCUACGUGCUCUUCCUCUUCGCCCUGCCCGUGCUGGUGGCCGGCCUGGCGCUGAUGGGCGUGGUGCAGCUGGCCCGCUGGUUCCUCUCCCUGGAGCUGACCAAGAUCGCGGUCACGCUGGCGGCCUGUGGCCUGCCCCUGCUGUGCCGCGGGUGGGCCCGGGCCCACGUGUCUGUGCUGGGCGUGCUGCGGUCCCUGUCGCGCAGCUCCGUGGUCAAGCUGAUCCUGGUGUGGCUGUCGGCCAUCGUGCUCUUCUGCUGGUUCUACGUGUACCGCUCGGAGGGCAUGAAGGUGUACAACUCCACGCUGACCUGGCCGCAGUACAGCGCCCUGUGCGGCCCGCGCGCCUGGAAGGAGACCAACAUGGCCCGCACGCAGAUCCUCUGCAGCCACCUGGAGGGCCACCGCGUCACCUGGACGGGCCGCUUCAAGUACGUGCGGGUGACGGAGAUCGAGAACAGCGCCGAGGCGGCCGUCAACAUGCUGCCGCACGCGCUGGGCGACUGGCUGCGCUGCCUCUACGGCGAGCCCUACCCAGACUGCGCGCCCGGGCCCGCCGCCACCGUGCCGGCCGAGCUGUGCCGCCUGCGCCAGCUGGCCAAGCACCCCUGCCACAUCAAGCGCUUCGACCGCUACAAGUUCGAGCUGACGGUGGGCAUGCCGCUGGGCGGCGGGGCGGACGGCCGCGGCGCCGAGGAGGACGACGUGACCAAGGACAUCGUGCUGCGCGCGGGGGCCGAGUUCCGGGAGGCGCUGCUGCACCUGCGCCACGGCAGCCUGCUGGAGUUCAGCACCGUGCUCGAGGGCCGGCUGGGCAGCAAGUGGCCCGUGUUCGAGCUGCGCGCGCUGCGCUGCCUCAACUGCAUGGCCCAGCUGGCACCCGCCCGCCGGCACGUGAAGCUGGAGCGCGACUGGCGCGGCGUCGUGCGCGGCGCCCUCAGGUUCGCCUUCGACUUCUUCUUCUUCCCCUUCCUGUCGGCCGCCUGAGCCCGCGCCCGAGGGGGUGUGGCUGCACGCGUGUGGC